CACUACAGCCCUAGUUCUCUUUCGUUAUGCGUUGUACAAAAGGAUGCGCGGACAUAGUCAUACAGCAGACAUUGAGUAGACAGAGCUAUGGAUAGGGAGGACAGAGAGGUGAUAGCUCCGUACUUCACGGGGAAGAACAAGGCACUGAAGCUCACUGAAGUGUUGGAGAUACUGGAGAACCCUGAUGACACACGGGCUAUAGUAACACCCCCUGCUCAACCCCAUGGAGGAGACGGGUACUUGUACAGGGUGGAGGCAGACUCGGCGGAAGAUUCCUGGGAAAAUGACAACUACUACUUCAAGCACAAUGGUUCUCGUGAACAGCCUAAACCUUCACCCAAGGUUCUCAAGCAGGACUUCGUGGCUUAUAAAAGUGAUGGCACCACCACCGAGGCUUUUAAACGACAGGCAUACAACUUGCUCGAGGGAGACGUGAAAUAUAUAUUAGUACACUACAUUGGGAAAUGCACAGUAGCAUUAUCCGAUCCAAAAUAUGAGAAGCGUUUGAAUACAGCCCUCCACCAUGAAUCCCAGAUAGUGAACAGUUACGCGAGAAUAGCUGGUUCUGGAGAUGAAGAUGGUGGAGAUUGGGAGACCAGGGAUAUGGAAUGUGAUCAUGAUCGUGCAAAUACUAACUCUCCUACCUUCCUGGCUUCCUUAGAUGAAGUUAGCUCAAGGAAAAGGACACAUGACCCUGAUAUGGUAAAUCGUGUGAAAACUCCUAAACGUUCAGAAAACGAACAAGUAAUUGAAAACAAUUUGAUAGACAUCAUAACCACCGAAAGUGUUAGUCAUCAACAUGAUGAAAGACCGACCAACCUCAAGUCACUCACCGAAUGUUUGCUGAACAAACGUACUCAUAUCGUUAUCGCAAGACGUGUGUUGAAGCAGGCAAAAUACUGGGAGAAAAGCACCAGAUUUCCUACCUUUGACAGUCCAUGUUUAUCAUUAAUCGCUGACAUCGACUGUAAAUGGAGAAAUGACCUCACAGAAGUCAGUGACAGGUUGAAGUGGUCACGACUUAGCCCGGAUGUUCUCGGCGAAGACCAGUGCAAGGAUACGUAUCACACACUGGUAUCUGCUGUCAUAGUAGGUGCAUAUCACAUGAAGACGGACAUCACAGAGUUUGUUGACACCCUCUAUAUGUACCCAUCACAUGUGAUGGGUGACAACGCCUUAACAGAUGACGACGAUGGGACGGAUCCUCAGAUGUGCAAGGUGGGGCCCCACAACAUACAGAGGAAUCAUCUCCUCGAUCAAACAGCAUGGCUUGGCGAUGAGGUGAUGAAUGCAUACAUGCAUGUCCUGAAGACCACGUGGAAUAGGAUCCACAGUCGCCACUGCGCUGUACUUGAUUCUUUCCUUGUCAACCAUUGGGAGAAAGACGAGUAUGACGUGCACCCCUGCAAGGAGGAACUUGGAACUUACACGUGGAUCCUGAUGCCAGUGAACAUGCCACUGAAUCAACACUGGGUGCUUCUGGUCGCCAAUGCCCAGGAUGGAACAGUGGGCAUGGUCAACUCUAAGCCUGUCCUUGAUGUAGGGGACAAACUUAUACAACAUUGGAGAAAAUAUACACGCUGUUUGAGGAGAGGUGAUGGGUCAGUGAUCACAUGGACAAAGACAGAAUAUCCAGUACUGAGUCAAAGUGAUGGACAUAGCUGUGGCGUGUUUGUGAAUAUGGCAGCAGAAGCUGUACUGUCGGAGGUGCCUCCCAGUGUCAUGAGAAGCUGCCACACUGUCUGGUACAGGAAGUACAUCUGGCGCAGGUUGCGAGAAUAUGCUGGUGAACAUAUUCCGCCUGAUACUGACACACAUAUGCUUGAGUCUCCAUGUGAAAAGCUGACAAAUAAUCCAGCGUCAACGAAUGCCAGAGCGUUUGCGUAUACAAUAGUCAAUAUGUCGACCAGCAUAGAUGAUACGAGAUACAGUUUGCAUAAAGCAGCCAGCCUCGGUGAUAUAAGACGCAUGCACUUGUUGAUAGACCAGGGGGAGGAUGUAGCAGGUACCGAUGACCGAGGAUGGACGCCUUUGCACUGUGCCUGUGAAAACGGUCACGUUGAAGCUGUCUCUGAUCUGGUUUCCAGGAGGACGGGCGACGUACAAAAUAGAGCUCAACUUACAUUGUACAAUCCUGUCUUAGGAACGGAGUAUACGUAUCUAGCAGGAGCAUAUCCACUCCACAUUGCUUGUUUAAAUGGACAUGAGAAUGUAGCGCACAUUUUGAUCAAUAGCGAGGCAAAUGUUGACGACAAAAGUGAAAAUGGAACAACAGCUCUUUUUCUUGCUUCUAUUAACGGACAUGAAUCUGUAGCCGCACUUCUGAUCAAGAAUGGUGCAAGUGUUACAGCUGAGGACGAGGGCGGAUGGACGGCACUAUAUGUAGCUUGUCAGAAUGGACAUGAAUCUGUAGCCGCACUUCUGAUCAAGAAUGGUGCAAGUGUUACAGCUGAGGACAAGGACGGAUGGACGGCACUAUAUGUAGCUUGUCAGAAUGGACAUGAAUCUGUAGCCGCACUUCUGAUCAAGAAUGGUGCAAGUGUUACAGCUGAGGACGAGGGCGGAUGGACGGCACUAUAUGUAGCUUGUCAGAAUGGACAUGAAUCUGUAGCCGCACUUCUGAUCAAGAGUGGCGCUAGUGUUACAGCUGUUAAUAAGAACGGACAGACGGCACUACAUCAAGCUUGUCAGGAUGGGCAUGAAUCUGUAGCCGCACUUCUGAUCAAGAAUGGUGCAAGUGUUACAGUUGAGGACGAGGACGGAUGGACGGCACUAUAUGUAGCUUGUCAGAAUGGACAUGAAUCUGUAGCCGCACUUCUGAUCAAGAAUGGUGCAAGUGUUACAGUUGAGGACGAGGACGGAUGGACGGCACUGCAUGAAGCUUGUGAGAAUGGACAUGAAUCUGUAGCCGCACUUCUGAUCAAGAGUGGUGCAAGAGUUACAGCUAAGGAAAAGGACGGAUGGACGGCACUACAUGUUGCUUGUCAGGACGGACAUGAAUCUGUAGCCGCACUUAUGAUCAAGAAUGGUGCAAGUGUUACAGCUGAGGAGAAGAACGGAUUGACGGCACUACAUCUAGCUUGCCAGAAUGGACAUGAAUCUGUAGCCGCACUUCUGAUCAAGAAUGGUGCAAGUGUUACAGCUGAGGAGAAGGACCGAUGGACGGCACUACAUGUAGCUUGUCAGAAUGGACAUGAAUCUGUAGCCGCACUUCUGAUCAAGAAUGGUGCAAGUGUUACAGCUGAGGAGAAGGACGGAUGGACGGCACUACAUCUAGCUUGUCAGAAUGGAGAUGAAUCUGUAGCCGCACUUCUGAUCAAGAAUGGUGCAAGUGUUACAGCUGAGGAGAAGGACGGAUCGACGGCACUACAUCUAGCUUGUCAGAAUGGACAUGAAUCUGUAGCCGCACUUCUGAUCAAGAAUGGUGCAAGUGUUACAGCUGAGGACAAGGACGGAUGGACGGCACUAUAUGUAGCUUGUCAGAAUGGACAUGAAUCUGUAGCCGCACUUCUGGUCAAUAGUGGUGCAAGUGUUACAGCUGAGGACAAGGACGGAUGGACGGCACUAUAUGUAGCUUGUCAUAAUGGACAUGAAUCUGUAGCCGCACUUCUGAUCAAGAAUGGUGCAAGUGUUACAGCUGAGGAGAAGAACGGAUCGACGGCACUACAUCUAGCUUGCCAGAAUGGACAUGAAUCUGUAGCCGCACUUCUGAUCAAGAAUGGUGCAAGUGUUACAGCUGAGGACAAGGACGGAUGGACGACACUACAUGUAGCUUGUCAGAAUGGACAUGAAUCUGUAGCCGCACUUCUGAUCAAGAAUGGUGCAAGUGUUACAGCUGAGGAGAAGGACGGAUGGACGACACUACAUGUAGCUUGUCAGAAUGGACAUGAAUCUGUAGCCGCACUUCUGAUCAAGAGUGGUGCAAGUGUUACAGCUGAACACAAAGACGGACGAACGGCAUUACAUCAAGCUUGUCAGAAUGGACAUGAAUCUGUAGCCGCACUUCUGAUCAAGAAUGGUGCAAGUGUUACAGCUGAGGAGAAGGACGGAUCGACGGCACUACAUCUAGCUUGUCAGAAUGGACAUGAAUCUGUAGCCGCACUUCUGAUCAAGAAUGGUGCAAGUGUUACAGCUGAGGACAAGGACGGAUGGACGGCACUAUAUGUAGCUUGUCAGAAUGGACAUGAAUCUGUAGCCGCACUUCUGGUCAAUAGUGGUGCAAGUGUUACAGCUGAAGACAAGGACGGAUGGACGGCACUACAUCGAGCUUGUCAGGACGGACAUGAAUCUGUAGCCGCACUUCUGAUCAAGAAUGGUGCAAGUGUUACAGCUGAACACAAAGACGGAUGGACGGCAUUACAUCGAGCUUGUCAGAAUGGACAUGAAUCUGUAGCCGCACUACUGAUCAAGAGUGGCGCUAGUGUUACAGCUGAGGACGAGGACGGAUGGACGGCACUAGAUCUAGCUUGUUUGAAUGGGAAUGAAUCUGUAGCCGCACUUCUGGUCAAGAAUUGUGCAAGUAUUACAGCUGAGGACAAGGACGGAUGGAAUAAAGAGUAAAUAAUAGCCAACUUUAGUACUACUAUUACAGUCUGAAGUACGUGUAACAGAUGUCGCGUCUCCUUGGGCAAGUGACUUUGUUCGAAUUGUCCCUUUUUUCCACCCAGCAGUGAGCGGGUACCCGGUAGGAUGAGAUGGCAAUGUGGUUGUUAACCUUCUAGCGCCUAACAGGCAGCUUUGUUUGUAUACUCUCCAUUGAGCUGAGAAUGAUUUUUGGGUGAACACUUUUCAAUGUCUAAGCUUAGAGUAUGCUUGUGCAUGGAGAACAGCGCCAUUCAAAUAACGUGGAUUUUAUGUCCGCUUUCGGGUUUGAUUUUUAUUUGUUGCAAGGUCAUAGGAGUUGCCUACCAUGUCAGUUUUCGCAACUGUCCUUGUUUCAUGGACAGAGGUUCAUAUAAACCAUGAAACGUUUACUCAAAUACAUGUCUGAUUUGUAUUACUGUCCAAUGAUAUUUAAAAUGCUUUGAAUAAUAAAAAGAAAUAUUCAGAGAAUGUUAUUGGUGCCUUUCAGCUAAAUUACAAAAUGUUAUUGAGUUACUUGUGUCUAAUACCUGAACAUGACCUACUUUCAGUUAUGUUAUCAAUGUCAAAUAUUGAGUUAUAGAUUCAGUGUCCAAGGGACGCAACUCUGCACAGCGAAUCGCGGCGCAUCCGUGCCCCCCGAGUUAUAGAUUCAUGAUUGAAAUCAUUCUUAUGGCACCCAAUAAUUGCUUUUAUCCUAUGAGUCAUAACUGGUUUUGUAAAACUCACAAUCCAAGUGCAUACCUUUAGAAAAACAAUACCAUGUUGAACAUUUAUUCUUUUUUGGAUUUUUUAAAUAAAACUUUAAAUGUU